AUUGGCAGUAUUUCAAGGCGGGAGGAGAAGAUGGCGACGCGCCUGUGUGUGCGCAGCCCUCCGGUGAAAAAUGAUAUCGUAUCUGUUAAGUAGGGGCCGUGGACAAUUCUGAUUUGAUGGAGAAUGGAGGUGAAAGCACAGAGGAACAUCUGGAGAAAUUUCUGAAACGCCCAUUUGCUGCUGUCGUUACAGUGUGGUCAGGAAUCUUUCAGAGGGUAGGCCUCAAAAUCCCCGGCCUUGCCUGCUUUUGGCGACUGAGAAGGAGGUCGAAUCGUUCAGACAGAGAUGGCGCUCAGUACUCGGUGUCGGAGAGCUGAUCAGAGGCUCGAAGUUUUCGGAGGACUCAGAAUCGGAUUGUGGUCGGCAUGGCAGGGAGAGUUUUUCUUCUUUCUCCCGUCUGCGUGAGAUGUGGGACAUUUGAGAAACUUUGAAUUUUACUGUGCUCAUGGAUUUCUUCAUCAAGUUAUGUGCGCCACCUUCGCAGAGUCCGAGGCCGCUGCAGCCACUGCGCAGAAUCGACUGGCAGAGGCACUGCUGCAGUCGAGCCGCAACGGCAAGCAGAAUGGCGGGCGCUGAUGGUGACCUCCGGCAGGGCCGGGACUGCAGCAUCGUCAUCGUGGGCUGCGGCAUCGCGGGGAUAGCGGCAGCGCAGCGGUUGACGGAGCACGGCUUCAGCCGGGUGCGCAUCGUGGAGGCAACGGAGCGCUGCGGCGGCCGCAUUUGGAGCCGCGGCUUCGCAAAAGGUUUGGUUGAAAUAGGAGCACAGUGGAUCCACGGCCCCUCGAAGCAGAAUGCUGUAUUUCGGUUAGCUGGCCAAUACGGUCUUCUGGAUGAAACAGCAAUGUCCGAGGAGAACCAGGCAGUGCAACUAGAUGCUCACCUACCAGGCAUGUCAACCUGUUACACCAGCUCUGGGAAGAGAAUAGACCCAGAGAUAGCAGCCUCCACGGAGGAACUAUUUUCAACGCUGUUCCUGAAAAGCAGAGAAUUCUUCCAAUCAAAGACAGAACCAGUCCAGAGUUUGGGCAGGUUUCUCAAGUGUGAAAUAGCUCAGUGUGCAGAAAAUUGGAAAGACGACGAGGAACUGCGCAAUCUUAAACUGGCCCUGCUGAAUGUGGAAUUUAAACUGGAAUGUUGUGUGGCAGGCACUGACAGCUUGGAUCUGUUGGCACUACGGCCGUAUGGUGAAUAUGUGAUGCUGCCUGGGAUUGACUGCACUUUUCCAAGGGGAUUUAACAGCCUUAUUGAUGAGAUGAUGAAACCCCUGCCAAAGAACUUGGUGUCAUUCAACAAGCCAGUUAAAUGCAUUCAUUGGAAUGGUUCCUCUGAAACACCAACAGCUCUGAAACAGUCUUACCCGGUUGUAGUGGAGUGCGAAGACGGCGAGAGUAUACCAGCAGAUCACGUUAUAGUCACUGUCCCUUUAGGUUUCCUUAAGGAACAUUACAAAACUUUCUUCUACCCCCCACUUCCUCCCGGCAAAACCGAUUCCAUUCAGAAAAUGGGGUUUGGAAUAGUUAAUAAAAUCUUCCUUGAAUUUGAUGAGCCAUUUUGGGAGCCAGAAUAUGAUUUCAUCAGACUGAUCUGGGAGGAUGAAUCUCCGUUAAGUGAUCGGCCGCCAGUUCUGCAGAAGACCUGGUUUAGGAAGAUCCUUGGUUUUAUUGUCCUUAAACCAGCUGAAAGCUAUGGCCAUGUCCUCUUAACUGUGCUGGCGGGGCAGGAAGCCAAGUUAAUGGAGCAGUUAUCAGACUCUGAUGUUAAAGAUUCUUUGACACAAGUCAUUCAUCAAUUUACAGGAAACCCCUUAAUACCUCCACCAAAGAGUAUAGUACGAUCAAGAUGGCACAGUGAUCGGUUCACAAAGGGAUCCUAUAGUUAUGUGGAAGUUGGCAGUUCAGGUGAUGAUAUAGAUGUUAUUGCACAACCUCUCCCAUCAACGUCUGCAAAGGAACAGCCUUUACAGGUGCUUUUUGCUGGUGAAGCUACUCACCAAAAGUUUUAUUCCACGACCCAUGGUGCCUUGGAAUCGGGAUGGCGAGAAGCAGAUCGCCUGAGAGACUACUAUCUGCAUCACUGUAACGUGAAGGGUUAAUUUACCUGGCAGUCAAAAGCCACUUCUGCCGCGCUGUUAGCUGAUUGAGCCAUUCGAAAGAUGUGCCAAAUCUGUCCUCAUUUUCAAGUUGUUCUUUACCAUUCCUUUGUUUUUCAUGCCCCUGCCAUACAUGGCUCUUGCUAUCUCCUUAUCUCUCUUACUGGUUCCUCUGCUUAGACUUUGAUCCAUGUGAGUUUAAAUAUUAAAAAUUUUCUGUGCUGGAUGAUUUCUAGACAUGUCAGUCCCAGAAAGAUAGAGAAUCAGAAUCAGGGUUAGUCCCACCGGCAUAUGUUGUGAAAUCUGUUGUUUUGCAGCGGCAGUACAUUACAAUACUUAGCAAUAAAAACUAUAAAUUGCAAUAAGUAUAUUUUAAAAGGAAAAUUAAAUAAACAAAAGAGAGGGGGGAGAGAAGUAGUGAGGUAGUGUUCAUGGGUUCAAUGUCCAUUCAGAAAUCUGACAGUGGAGGGGGAGAGGCUGUUCCUGAAUCAUUGAAUGUGUGCCUUCAGAAUCCUGUACCUCCACCCUGAUGGUAGCAAUGAGAACAAGGCAUGCCCUGGGUGCUGGGGUCUUCAAUGACGGAUGCUGCCUUUUUAAGGCAUCGCCUUUUGAAGGUGUUUUGGAUGCCGGGGAGGCUAGUGUCCAUGACGAGGGUGGCUGUGUUUACAACCCUCUGCAGCUUCUGAUCCUGUGCUGUGGCCUCUCCAUACCAAACAGUGAUGAAACCAGUUAGGAGGCUCUCCGUGGUACAUCUCUAGAAAUUUUUAAAGUAUCUUUGGAGACAUUUCAAUUCUCCUCAAACUCCAUAUGAAAUAUAACUGCCCAGGAAAGAUUUUUAGAGAAAUUGACACCCAGUUGCGAAGAAUACUGAGGACUUGGCAGGGAAAGGUGAUGACAGGGUUACUUGGAGGCAGCUCUUGAAGAUCGUCUGCAGAAGAUCCCAUGGGUAACAGCAGGAGGGAAGGCAGAAAAGGCAAAUGGGCCUGUUUCUGUGCUGUGGUGCUUGCUGACUGGAUGGUCAGUGACAAUUACUGUAUUUCCAGCCUAAUGCCAGCACCAGAGCUGGGAAAUAUGUUACCAAUAAUAUAUGAAAUGAAUGAAUCUCCAUAUUGUCAUCUCUGUUAUUGCAACUGGAAGGCCACUUGUCUUAUUUUUUUCUUCCCAUGAGUUUUAAUGUAAGGUGCAUGUUUCUAAUAUUCUGGUGCACCUGCAAGUUGGCCUCCAGAUUGACAUGAUGCAUAGCAUUUAUGAUUCCCCCAUAUGCUCUCUACCCAAGCCCUGUCCACCUCUCUCUGGCUCAAUCCUCACAACUCGGUCAUUUGACUGUGAAAAGCAAUAUUGUUACUCUUCUCUGCAUGGCCCUCAUUGCUUGGAUGUUGUUCCUCGGUCUCAGUAAUCAAAACUAAAAAUUAUUUUUAAAAUGCAAAUGAUUUUGUAGAUUAUUAAAUAUUUUCUAUCAAUUAUCGAUGACAGAUUCUUAACGUCUGAAUAUCUGUGGCUGUUGAAUUUAAUUGCAUCUUUUGAACCCAAUUGCUGGAAAAAAUUGUUUUUUUUUUGCUUUGAAUCUACUGAAAAUAUAGCGAUAUGUAAAAUAAUGUUUUUUUCCUGUACUCUAUGGACAUUUUAUGAACAAUGCCUGAAAUGCACUUAAAAUUCUCAUAUUGUGUCCACAGGAAUGUGAUUUUUAUGUUCAUUUAAAAUUACCAAAUGUCUGCAAAUCUAUUAAACUCUUACUCAUCCUGGAUUUCCAGCACCUGUUUUGUGUAUU